AUGAGUACUACAACUAAUAAAAAGCCAAUUAGAGUUUAUGUUGAUGGUUGUUUUGAUUUAAUGCAUUUUGGACAUGCAAAUGCAUUAAGACAAGCAAGAGAAUUAGGAGAUAUUUUAGUAGUUGGUGUACAUACAGAUGAAGAAAUUGCAAAAAAUAAAGGUCCACCAGUUAUGAAUGAACAAGAAAGAUAUAAAGCAGUACGUGCAUGUAAAUGGGCAGAUGAAGUUGCAGAAGGUGCACCUUAUACUUUAACUGAAGAAUAUUUGGAUAGUUUAAACUGUGAUUUUUGUGUACAUGGUGAAGAUAUUUCAGUUGGUGCAGAUGGUAAAGAUGUUUAUGAAGGCAUUAAAAAGAGUGGUAAAUUUAGAUUCAUCAAACGUACUGAAGGUGUUUCAACAACCGAGUUGGUUGGUCGUAUGUUAUUAUGCACCAAAGACCAUCUUCAAAAUGUUUCAGGUGAGCAAACCUCACCAUUGGGAGGUGUCAAUCCAAACGUUUUACACAAACAAUCACCAUACACAAGUUUAUCACAUUUCCUCCCAACCACCAGAAAGAUCGUCCAAUUCUCAGAAGGUCGUUCACCAAAACCAAACGAUAAAAUCAUUUAUAUGGAUGGUGGUUUCGAUUUAUUCCAUGUAGGUCAUACUGAGGCUUUGAAACAAGCAAGAGCACUCGGUGACUAUCUCAUCGUUGGUGUUCAUGAUGAUAGAGUAGUUCACGAACAAAAAGGUAGCAACUUCCCAAUUAUGAAUUUACAUGAACGUGUACUCUCUGUACUCUCAUGUCGUUAUGUCGAUGAAGUUGUCAUUGGUGCUCCAUUCAGUGUCACCAAAGAUAUGAUUGACUCACUUCACAUCAAUGUUGUCGUUCAUGGUGAUGAUCAAGUUGUACUCGGUCCAGAAGGUGGUGUAGAUCCAUACAAACUCCCAAGAGAAUUAGGUAUUUACAAAGAAGUUAAACAUACUGAAGGUCUCACUGCAACUGAAAUCGUUAAAAGAAUCAUUGAUAAUAGACUUCAAUAUGAAGCUCGUAAUCGUAAAAAAGAAGCAAAAGAAAUUAAUUUCAUUGAACAAUCAAAUUAA